CAGUGAGGGUCAGUAUAGGAGAGGAACAAGAAGGGCAGCUCACAGCCAGCCAGCCUGAGCCCAGCCAACCAGCCCAGUGUCUCUCGGGACGUGGCGGGGAAAGGAUGUGUGUCGCCCUUCUUUCUUCCCCCCUUGUGCUUGUGUGUAGGUGUUGCUAAUCGUGUCCCGUGCCCCCACCUGCGUGUUGUGUCCUACCUGUGCAGUGCUGAGGUGUUUGUGGGUGUGUUGCGAAGGUGCGUGCGGGUGGAGGUGCAAAAGUGGUGUCACGUCAAGGGAAUCAAAAGUCGUCCCGGUCCUCCCCGCCUGUCAGUCCCUCGAGAUGGUUAAAAGCUUCCUUCCGUCACUGAUGUAAACAAAGAGAUACCAGUCAUCUCUUUCUGGGGACUGUCGUGAUAUUUCUCUUUUCGCGAAGUGAGUGACAGAGACGUAGAGAGAGAGAGAGAGAGAGAGAGAGAGAGAGAGAGAGAGAGAGAGAGAGAGAGAGAGAGAUUUUCCAGUCUCAGAAACAAAAAGACAGACAAAAGGAGAGGGAAAACAACACACACACUCGAAAAAGAAAAAAAGUGCUCGAGAGAGAGAGAGAGAGAGAGAGAGAGAGAGAGAGAGAGAGAGAGAGAGAGAGAUACAAACAAACACAAUGCCUCACUCGCAAAACAAAAACACAGACGAAAUGAACCAAAACAAACAAGAGCACCAACAAGCAAACACGAACCGUACCAAGUCGAAGAUGCACCGCGAGACACCGGUCAUGAACAAACCACUGAAUUAGACCAUCCCAGACCCUCCUAGUCCCUCCCAAUGUUACCUGUGGACGCAUCUGGCUACCUGAAGGCACUAUGAGGCAGCGGAGACCAGGAAGUACUAGGGAAGAGGGAGAACAAGGGGAGAUGAGGGAUGGUACAAGAGGCCCUGGACUGAGGAUAAGAAAUUUUUUGGUGGGAGUAGUGGUGAUGCUCGUUCAGUGGCCUUCCCUUACCACCAGUCUAAGUACAGGGCAAUGUGGAGGCGCCCUUGGAAUGCAGUCCGGUGCAAUUCCAGAUGAGCAUAUUUCUGCCUCCUCCUACUUCGACGCCGCUGUCAACGCCAUCUACGGGAGAGCCCACGUGGAGGUCGGGGGCGGCGCGUGGUGUCCCCGGGAGAUGGUGUACAGGGAAGGCACAGAAUACCUGGAGGUGAACCUGGGGGCGCCGCAUCUAGUGACAAAGGUGGAGGUGCAAGGACGCUUCGGGAACGGCCAGGGGAGGGAAUUUGCGCGUCAGUACAAACUCCAACUGUGGCGGCCUGGCUUGUCUCACUGGGUCACCUACACCGACUCUCGCGGCCAGCAGCUGCUAGAGGGGAACAGCAACACCUAUCUGGCGCACCCCUCCCACCUCCGCCCCCCGUCGUCGCCUCCCGCGUGAGGUUCGUGCCGCAUAGUGACCACCCGCGGACGGUCUGCAUGCGCGUCGAGCUGUAUGGAUGCCGCUACACUGGCGGCCUCGUGUCCUAUUCCAUGCCUGACGGAGACGCACGCGGGGGUAGUGACCUCAGCUUCCGUGACCUGACCUACGACGGGGUGAAGCGCGGCGGUUGGCUGAGGGGCGGCCUGGGGCAACUUACUGACGGAGAGACAGGUCAUACCAACUUCAGGGUCAACGCGCAAGGGCAAGGCAAAGGGUACGAGUGGGGGUGGGGUGGAGAAACGACACAAGGGGAGGGCGGCCCGUCAACAUCACCUUCUCUUUUGACGCUCCCAGGAACUUCUCAGCUCUUUAUAUCUACGCCAAUAAUCUGUUCACGAAGGAGACCCAGGUAUUCUCAAAGGUAAAGAUUCUGUUUAGCAUGGAGAUGGAGAAGGAGGAGGAUGAGAAGAGCGAGAAACAGAAAAGAGAGGAAGCUAAACGAACGACAAGUGGAAGAAGUGGAGAAACUGGAUCAGGUGGAGGUACAGGUGGGUUUGACGCUCACCCACCUGUUAUCUUCGAAUACGUAGUGGACCGGAUCUUCGAAAAUGCAAGAAACGUUACUAUUCGCCUUCCAAACGUGACUGCGAGGAGUGUGAGGUGCAGUUCUUCUUCGCCCUACGCUGGAUGCUCAUCUCUGAAGUCACAUUUGAGUCUGUGCCCUGCGCCUGCAACCUGACAGAGGAGACUCAGGGGGCCGUCAGCGGCGCGGCGCCUCGCGGAGAUGCAGGUCGCGCCCCCACCACCCCUGCAAGUCCCACCCUGGGCCCCGCACCCCCAGGCCAGUCCCCCGUGGUGCCGGCACGCGCCCCCGCCCCGGGUCUGCUGGUAGGUGGGUUGGCGGCACUGGGCGUGGUGUUCGGCGUGCUGCCCGUGGCGGCGUGCCUCCUGCAUCACCGCGCCCGCCUCGCAAGGCGCUCCAAGACACCGCUCGCCGCGGACCCCCACAAAGUCUCAAUGAAGAUGAAAGACUUCCACAUCAACGUCAACCUGACGGCGGGGGGCGGCGGGGCUGUCCCGCGCCCGGGGCGGAGAGCUGUACGGCCGCGUGGCGCUGCAAGACCCCGCCGCGGGGCCCUACCAGGAGCCUCACCCCCUCAUGCCCGCGCCCCCUGACUCCCUCAAGGGCCCAACUACCACUGACACCGACGACUCCGUGGACUACGCGGUGCCGGACCUCAGCCUCACGUCCCCCACGCCCUUCCCCGAGGCGUGGAGGCCCCCCCUGCCCCUCACCCGCCCUCCUUCCACACUGCCGCCACCCGCCCAGCAUUACGCUGCCACGCAACUGUGCCACGCUUCCAGCAUCCAGGGCGUCACCGGCUGCGUCAUCUACGCCACAGCGGACGAGGCCGGCGUGAGCGGCGCGGGGCCUAGCGGCGCGCUGCCCGAGCCCGCGGUGCCCGAGGUGGCGCCCCACCAGGUGCGGGUGCUGGAGGCGCUGGGCGAGGGCAAGUUCGGUACCGUGACGCUGUGCGAGGUGGAGGGGCUGGAGGGCGGCCCGCGCCUUGCGGCUAUGAAGAGCCUCAGGAUGGGCGCGGCCGAGGGCACCAAGAAGGACUUCCGGCAGGAGGCGCGCGUGCUGGCGCGCCUGCACGACCCCAAUAUCGUGCGGCUGGUGGGCGUGGUGACGCGCGCCGAGCCCCUAGCGCUGCUGCUGGAGUACAUGGUGCACGGGGACCUCUACCAAUUCUUGCGUCGCCACCGAUGCGGGCCGGAGGGCGCCGAGGAACUGCCUGAGCUGAGCUACGGCGCCCUGGUGUACGCGGCGCUGCAGGUGGCGUCCGGCAUGACGCACCUGGAGACCCUGGGCGUGGUGCAUCGCGACCUGGCGGCGCGUAACUGCCUGGUGGGCGAGGCGCUCACCAUCAAGAUCUCAGACUUCGGCAUGAGUCGCCCGCUGUACUCCAGCGACUACUACCGACUGGGGGAGGGGCGCGCCCUGCUGCCCAUCAGGUGGAUGGCCUGGGAGUCCAUCCUGCACGGCAGGUUCUCCACCAAGAGUGACGUAUGGGCCUUCGGGGUCACGCUGUGGGAGGUGUUCACCCUGGCACGGCGCCAGCCCCACGCUGACCUUAGCGACGACCAGGUGCUGGAAAACGUGUCACGCUGCUACCUAGGGGACGGCGUGCCCAUGAUGACGCUGCCGCAGCCCCCUCUGUGCCCCAGGGAGAUGUACGACAUGAUGUCCGCCUGCUGGAGGCCCGCCGCACGCCAGCGGCCGCCGUUUUGGGAGGUGCUCCUCUUCCUGCGCCGCAAGAACCUCGGCUACAGCCUGGACUACACGGGCUGAGCCUUAACCCCGCCACCCCUACACACACACGUACUGGGCAACUCACCAAGGAUGUGGGCGCCGCUCCCCGUCGCCCUCAACAAAAUAACACCUGGCCACACGCCCAGGUAGCCGCCACCACAGCCACAGACAGACUGCCUCCCCCCUGGGCGCCUCCCCGCCCGCACCACAGCAAACCCGCUCAGACUCAAGUAUCGAAUCAAACGAAACAGUGAAGCAGCGCCGCCCCGCGCUGAGCGGUGCGGGGCGGCGGCGUGUGAUCCAUCUGUGAUAUAUUAUAGUCAGGGAGUGUGCGUGAGGCCACGCUGGGACGCGGCCUCACCGCCGCCACAGCAUCGCCACAGCACCACACCGCGGCGUCACGAAGUAGCACCGAUAAAGACUGUUAGUGAGCGUGACGUCACGACGGUGAUGAGAAGACUGAUUGGUGGGAAAUGCUGCGCGUGCAGCCAAUCAGCGGCCUCCUGUUCACUCCCGCCCGAGGUGCCACACAACACACCCUCCGCCAACCAACAAACAAACAAACACGUGACCCAAGACUCAGCCACCAACACUUCUAGUCAUUGACAGACAUGAAAAACAGGAAAAAACAAUAACUAACAAAACAAAAGUGAGAAAACUUACACAAAAAUAAGCAAAAUUCAAACAAAACAAACAACCUGAAAAUCCUGCAGUGCGGUGACAAACGAACCAGACAAACCAAACAAACCCCCAGCAAGCAGCAGCAGCAGCAGCAGCCAAUGCGAAGGACCACACCUUGUCAAUUGUUAGUUUUAAUCGUGACCUUCAAUUUUGGAUCUUUGAGUAACAUCUGUACGACACGGCCAAACCAAGUAACGACACUCCCCCUUCCCCCCUCCCCCCCUCUCCUUCCUCUCCAACACAGCCAUUACCCCACCCAGCUCCCCUUUUUUUUUUUUAUCUUCCUCCUCUGUUCUCCCUUCUUUCUCAUUCUCUCUUCAUUCUUUCCAUUUUUUGUAUUAUUUCCUCUUCUUUCCAUUCCUUCCUUCCCAUUUUCCUCUUCUCUCUACUUUUCCUGUUAUAUUUUCUAAUCUUCUAUUUUCCUAUUUACCUUUCCUAUCCAUUCUAUUCAUUAUUUUUCUUUCUUUCAUUCCUCUUCCUUCUCCUCUUCCCACUUGCAAAUAGCUUCCUCCUCUCCUUCCCUCCCUCCCCACAUCCACAUAGCAUCCUCCUCCUCCUCCUCCUCCUCCUUCCUCCUCCUCCUCCCUCCUCCUCCUCCUCCUCCUCCUCCUCCUCCUCCUCCUCCUCCCCACCCCCACAUAUCAACAACGCCUUCACCCUCCAACUAAUUACAUAUCACAUUUGCAUAAUCAAACAGGCACCUGAUUGCGCAGAGGGUCAUUAUUAUUAUUAUUAUUAUUAUUAUUAUUAUUAUUAUUAUUAUUAUUAUUAUUAUUAUUAUUAGAGAAUGCUUUUUAUGUGGAGUUUUAUCUCUCUCUCUCUCUCUCUCUCUCUCUCUCUCUCUCUCUCUCUCUCUCUCUCUCUCUCUCUCUCUCUCUCUCUCUCUCUCUCUCGAUUAAUGAAAUAUGAAUUUUUAUUUUUUAUACAUAAUUACCUGCGCAAUUUCGUGUGAAUUUAAAUAAUUGUUGUUGUUUGUUCUUUUUCUACAUGUCAGUCUGUCUGUCUGUUCGUGUGUGUGUGUGUGUGUGUGUGUGUGUGUGUGUGUGUGUGUGUGUACGUUCAUAGUCCUUUUUCUAAGCGCACUGUUGCUAUAUGUACUACGUGUGUGUGUGUGUGUGUGUGUGUGUGUGUGUGUGUGUGUGUGUGUGUGUGUGUGUGUGUGUGUGUGUGUGUGUGUCAAGAUGCUAAUCAUUAUUGUUGGUGUGACUACAAUGUGAACAAUGUUGAUUUAUUACGAAGAAAUAUGAAACAAAUAAAAGAAAUAAAAGAAUCA